AUGGAACAUGACAGAGCUCCAGCGCGGCAACCAGAUGACAUCGUAGGGACGAAGAUCCAUUCCACGGUAGCAAGCUCACAGCAAGACCAUGGUGGCGAGGACACUGACUCAGAACGCUCAGUGAAGGAGGCAGACUUGUUGGAGCGACAUCACCGAAAGCUGAAAGAUCCGGUGGGCGAUAACGUAGCCAAGCCUCGCUCCUUUAAGGACGCCCUUACUCACCCUUUCUCCUUGACAGAUGGCUUGGAACCGCUGGACCUUAGGGCAACAGCGCUGGACCUUGGGGCAGCAACAUUAGAGGUUUCUAAUUUAGAGACCACAAUCCCUAUCAUUUUCCUUUCUAAAGAUGAGAUUGAUAGGAUCAGAGACCCUUGGCGAAGCACACUGAUUGUUAAAUUAGUGGGUCGGAAUCUGGGUUAUAAUUUCUUCAUGUCUAAGCUGAAAAGUCUCUGGAAACCCACUAGUACCUUCCAUGGUAUUGACCUUGGGAAUCACUUUUAUCUCAUUAAGUUCAAUGAAGCAUCAGAUCUUAACAAAGUCCUCUCUGAUGGUCCCUGGUUCGUGGGAAGCAAUUUCCUCUCAGUUCGAAGAUGGGAGCCAGAUUUUCAACCAACCAAGGCCAGUCUAUUUACCACCAUAGUUUGGGCUAGACUUCACAGUCUUCCAAUUGAAUACUAUGAUCAUUCUAUUCUCCAAAAAAUUAGGAAUACUCUAGGUAAGCUCCAUAAAAUGGACAUCCAUACAGUCAAUGGAGAUCGGGGUCGUUUUGCGCGUUUGUGCAUCCAAAUUGAUCUAGCCAAGCCCUUAAUAGCUAAGAUCACAGUGGGGUCUAGUUUAGUCAGGGUAGCCUAUGAAGGUCUGAGCUCUGUUUGCUUCCAUUGUGGUCUGAUUGGUCACAGAGUGGAGGAGUGGCAGAAUACUGCCAAUAAGAAUACUCCAGUGGAGAACCAAGCAAAUACUCCUCCAGCAGAUGGUGAGCCUUUUGGCCCUUGGAUGUUAGUUCAGAAACGCUCCAAGAGCUCUAAGAAGCAGGACCCGGCAAGCCACUCCAACGUUCAACCACGGAAGGUCUGGGUGAAGAAGACUGAAAUUCAAAUUUUGGUGCCUAAUGGUCAGCCAUAA